AUGGUUCAUUUGAAAAUAACACUUCCAAUUCUUUUGAUUUUGAUAGCUUAUACUCACUUCAGAUCAUCACCAGUAGAGAUCUCAACUUUAUCAAAUCCAACAAAUGCUCCUUCAGAAAUAUUCAAUCAAAAUUGUAUCAAAGAUACUCAAGUUAUAUAUUCAUUCACAAAUCUAUUAGGAGUCUUAAUAACAUCUGGUCUUUAUGAUGAAACAAGAGAAUUACAACAUGCAGCCACUGCUUAUACACUAUACUAUAAAUUACAAAACUUAGGAACCGUUACAGAUAUUGAUCAAGUCACUAGAAAUGAUAUUGAAAAAUGGCAAAAUUAUCUAAGAUUAUAUCUAUCAAAAGAAGAUUUUGAAGGUAAUGUUGAACCAAUUUGUGAAAUUCAAGUACUCAAGAUACAAAAUGGUGAUAAAGAUGUUGUAUUAACUUAUGGUACUGAUUUAGAAAAAGUUGAAAAAGUUCAAUAUGAAAAUUUGAUCAAAAGAGAAUGGGAUUUAGUUCAAAAAAGUAAUGAAUAUGGUUUCAAGGAUUUAGAAUGGGAUAAAAUUUUGGUUUUAAGUGGUGUUAUCAUUGGUACUGGGAAAUUGAUAAAAUUGAUUGGAUUUUGA